CGGGGGAAGCGCAGAGUUUGGCCGCUGGGCAGCAACUUUCACAGCCUCUUUCUCUUGUUAUUCCACAUAGAAACAGGCUUGAAUGCGUCGCUGCUUUGAAAUUAACGACUUCUAUUUGCGCUGUUACAGUGUUCUGAGGAGUGAUUAGACUUUUUCGCCCGCUCACGAGACCUGCCCCCCUUCCCCGUUUUGGUUUGAACCCGGGAAAGGCUGCCUGCUGCUGCUGCUUGACGCGGAGAGAAGGGGCGAAGAAGUUUGCUGGAAAAAGUGGGGGACCUGUUGCCUCUCUAUGCUUGCGCUUUAAAAUUGGUUUAACAUUUAAGACUCAAUGUUUUGCGCAUGACUUCUUGUUUGGAUACCGUAAAUAUGUCGGGACAAACUUUACGCACUGAGCUUCAACCGGUCCCGUGCACUCUUAUUGGAAAUCUACACCGGCGUGACAGGGGGAUUUUUGCGUAGAGAGCAACGCUGGCUCCGACCUCCCGACUCACUACUUUUUAAAACAAGGAUUUAACGCGCACGUGAUAGUAGGUUAAAGUUGUUUACUGGACCACGAUGGAGGGUGAGCAAGGGACCACAACUUCUACCGAGAAAGCCCAAAAUGAUGGCACUUCUGCGGCUGCGUCCGACAGCUUUUCCCAGCUCUGGACGGACGUUAUGGGGAUGCUGGAUGGUUCACUGGGCAACAUAGAUGACCUUGCUCAAGAGUACGCAGAGUACUACAACACCUGUUUCAACGACGUCAGCGACCGCAUGGAAGAGCUGCGCAAACGAAGAGUCUCACAAGAACUAGACAUGGAGAAACAGGAUUCAAGCACCACUUCCCUGCAGCUACGCUCUGAGAUUCAAGAAUCCCUGGGCUUCAGCAGUCAACUCUCCACUCCUGAGACAGACCGCAAGAUGCCACUGCACAAGUCCAGUUCAGAAGAUGGAUCUGGAGGUAAAUGGGACAACAAGAAGAAAAACAAAUCAUUUUGGCAAAACUUCCGCAAGUCCCAGCACAAACCUGUCGCCCGUCAGACAUCUAAAGGAGAGGACAUUGGCUACGUGGCGAGCGAGAUCACCAUGAGCGAUGAGGAGCGCAUCCAGCUCAUGAUGAUGGUGAAAGAGAAGAUGAUUACGGUAGAAGAAGCGCUGGCACGGCUGAAGGAGUAUGAGCGCAACAAACAGUCCGGCAGCCAUGACACUGCCGAGGGGACUGAAGGAUCUACAGCACCUGCUCUUAACCAGUCCUCCACCUGUGAUUCUCGAGAGCAGUCAGAUGAUGAGCAGUCAGAGGACUCAGUGAAGUUCAAACGGCUUCACAAGCUCGUAAACUCCACACGCCGAGUCAGGAAAAAGCUCAUCAAAGUCGAAGAUGGAAAGAAACAUGGAUCCGAAGAUUUCCUGAAUCUCGAGUCGACACCCACGUGUGAGGACAACGCAGCCCUGUACACUGGGGUCUUAAAGAAGCCCCCUCCCUCCCAGGACGCCUCUCUGCCCUCACUCCUGCAGGACCAGCUGUCUCUGGAUGGGGACUCAGACAGUUUGACCACCUCCCCUUCAUCCAGUAGCCUGGACACCUGGUCAGGGCACAGGCUUGUUAAGACCUUUAGUAAGUCUUCCAGCACCCACGGGCUCAUUCGACCCCCCAGGAGGACCCCUCUGGGCUCUGGGGGCCUGGGCUCUAUCUCGGGUGUGGGGGGCAGCGGCUCGUCCUUCUCCGAGCUGGAUGGCUGUGGCCUGGACGACGAGGGGAAACUGUCGCGCUCCACCACGGACGGAGAGAUGAGGAAAGCACUCAGCUCCAUCUCCCAUGGGAGAACGUGCAGCUUUGGAGGGUUUGACCUGUCCAACCGCUCGCUCCAUGUGGUCAACAACGCUGCCUCCGAUGGCAACAAUAAGGAUCAGGAGGCCAUUUAUAGGGAAGUGGUCAAGUCCCCGACCACAUCUCGCAUUUCACUGGGCAAGAAGGUCAAAUCGGUUAAAGAGACCAUGAGAAAACGCAUGUCCAAGAAGUAUAGCAGCUCUCUGUCCGAGCAGUCCAGUCCGGAUGGUGCGCCCGGCUCCCCUCAGUCUCCUCAGCCCGACACAGACUCUCUGGAGAAGCCCAAACUCAAAGCAGGAGGAUCAGUGGAGAGCCUGCGCAGUUCACUCAGCGGCCAGAGCUCAAUGAGUGGUCAGACGGUGAGCACCACAGACUCGUCGGCCAGUAACAGAGAGAGUGUGAAGUCUGAGGAUGGUGAUGAUGAAGAGCCUCCGUACAGAGGGCCCUUCUGUGGGAGAGCACGAGUGCACACCGACUUCACCCCCAGCCCCUAUGACACUGACUCUCUCAAACUCAAGCGCGGUGAUGUGAUCGACAUCAUCAGUAAGCCGCCCAUGGGCACAUGGAUGGGGCUCCUCAACAACAAAGUGGGCACCUUCAAGUUCAUCUACGUGGACGUCCUUAGUGAGGAAGAGGAGAAGCCCAAGCGCCCGGUGAGGAGGAGGAGGAAGGGCCGGGCUCCCAAACCCACCUCUGUGGAGGAGCUGCUGGAGAGGAUCAACCUCAAGGAGCACAUGCCCACUUUCCUGUUUAAUGGUUAUGAAGAUCUGGACACGUUUAAACUGUUGGAGGAGGAGGAUCUGGACGAGCUGAACAUCAGAGACCCUCAGCACAGAGCGGUGCUGCUGACUGCUGUAGAGCUGCUGCAGGAGUAUGACAGCAGCAGUGAUCCGGAGCGCGGGGGGCUGUGUGGUUCCCAGGAAAAGCUGCUGUCGGAGGGCUGUGGUCUGGUGGGAGACUCCCCUCGGGACUCUGGCUGCUACGAGAGCAAUGAGAACCUGGAGAAUGGUAAAAGCAGAAAAACCUCCCAUUCUAGUCGCUCCUCUGGGGGUCUGCAGUCUCCAGACUACCCCACCCUUCCUAUGACCAUCUCCAAUGAGGCUCUGCAGCAAAACGGCAACCACCAACGCACAAAAUUCCCUAAAAACCUCUUUUCCAAGCAGUCUCUGAAGGGAUUCAACCUCCUCGGACUGCGCAGGUCCCAAAGACGCUCCCCCAUCCCGUCUAGUCGCAGCUGUGAAGACUUGGAUGGACAUUCUCAGCACCAGGGUCCAUGGAAGAGGUCCCAUUCACUAGGGGAUAUCCGGUUUGAGCAAUCUAGCGCAGAGUUCAGAGCAACAUUGGAGAAAGCUAGAUUAAACAGCCCCAAAAAGCAAAACAGAACUCCUCUAAGUCCGAAAUCGAGACCGCCAGUGCCCUCCCAGCUUACACUUAGACCCUCUUGUUCUACCCCAAAUUCACCAACUGUCCCUGAACUCCUGUCUAGCCCCCCGACGAGCCCACCUGAAUCCACCGGUGAAAAGAUAAUUCCGAAAACGCAUCCCAAAAAGCCCCCAGUGCCCCCGCCCGUUCCGGCUAAGAAGUCCCGUGAGCGCCUCACCAACGGUCUGCGCCACGCUCCCCUCUCCCUCCCCUCCUCGCCCUCCCCCACCCACUCACUCAAUAGGUCCCAUCCGAGCAGUCCGGUGAUACGAAGCACCAACAGCAGCCCAGGACCCCCGCCUCCCCCUCUCCCGGCGAAGACCCCCUCAAACAGCACUCCGGCUAGCCCGUGCUACUCCUCGUCCGCCUCCUCGGUGGGGGAGGAAUCGGGCAACACGGUGACCCCUCCCUGGCUGUCGGACCUGGGGGGAAAGGUGGCGGUGUCCAGGAAAGUGUCCCAUUCCAAGAUGAGUCCCGAUCUGCUGACCAUCCUGGAGCAGCGGCUGGAGGUGGAGGGCAUUGAUCUGACGGAGGAGCCCUAUUCAGAUAAGCACGGGCGCUUUGGCAUUCCUCAGCUGUUGGUGCAGCGUUACUCUGAGGAGGUGGAGCAGCCUCUGAAGGACGUGGCCUCUUCGCUGGACCAGCUCCGGGUCAGAGAGCUGCGUAAACAGCACCGCAUGGCUAUCCCAUCUGGAGGUCAGACGGAGAUCUCCAGGAAGCUCUUCCCCGUGGGUCACAUCACCACCGUCUCUGAUUGGCUGGUGUCCAUCGGCCUGCCCAUGUACGCUGCCCCGUUGGCUGCUGCAGGCAUCGUCACUUUGCCCCAGGUCACCUCACUGACGGAGAGCAGCGUUUGGGAGGCAGGGAUACGAGACGAGAGGCACGUCCGCAGACUAGUGCACGAGUCCCGCCUGGUCAGCCCAAACGGAGGGUCCUAACCACUCUGGACUGUCCCUUAUGUGGUAUAGUAACAUGUAAAGGACUCGAAAGGUCAGUAUUUUAACAUGGACAGUGAGACAUCCAUUACUGCCCUUCACUUUUCAAAUGUUUACGGACAACUUAACAGAUGCCUUUUCAACUAAAGAAAGUCUUAUAGAUUAGACUUGGAUCUGCCUUUGAGGAAGAAAGCACACUGUUUUCUAGUGUUUUUUGUAAUGCAGAGAGACAUUUUAUUUCCUGCAUAUUUCAUAAGUGCUUGCGGCAUGGCACCAUAAUCUUUGAGUCUCUUAACGGAUGUAGCUCGGCCAAAGGAAUUUGAUUUAAUGGGCUUCUUAAUAGAUUCUCAGUAUCUGGACUUCACAUCAACUCACCAUUGAAGAAUACAUCACUGCUUUUUGGAGAUUGGAAAUAUGGCUUAUCUUGUAUCAUGCUUCUGUAUUAUAACACAAUUUAAAUGAGUGUGUUUUGGUUUUCUUUUUGCCUUUUUAACGUUGCCGCCUUGUUUUGAUGCCAGUCAUUUUUAAGCUAAAACAACUUACACUUUUGUAUUCUCGUAUAUAUACAUGCUUUGUUCACUUGUUACAUCAAAAAUCUUAAAUUUGACAGCAUAAACUUCACACUAUCAAGACAUUCCCUGUAAAUGCCUUAUUUUAAUCAAAGUGUUACAAAACAGAAAAAAUAUUUGGCCAGGCAGUACAUUACAAGGACUUUCCUAAGGCACAGCUGACAUCUGCACAGGAAUGCGUUAACAGUCUUAUUUAGGCAGGCUAAUAGACUUGUUAACAUAUUAUUGUAUUACUUUUUGAAUUGAAUAAAUUGAACUUUUGAAUGAUAGAAACGGUGCCAUAUCAGGUGACUUGCAACAUUUGGUGCACUCACCAAUUAAUCAGGGAGACAAGAUGGGCCAUUACACCUAUAGUCAUUACUCAAAAGCUCAUUUUAUAAAUUGAGUUUGCAAACAUUCCUUAUCUUCAAAAAACAGAAAUAUAGUGCUGUGCAAAGGGUUAUAGAAGAAUUUAUUGAGUACUUUAAUUUUCAGUUUUGUCAGGACUGGAAAGGUUUGGACCAAGGACAACAUUCGAUUUUGAGAUAUGUGAGUUUUAAUACAAUUUUGAGACUACAUCGCUACCACAAACAGAAUUAUAAUGUGUAGGUUUUUGCAUUUAAAAAUAUUGCUUAAAGGGCCCAUAUUACGCUAUUUUCUGAUCUAUGUUUUAAUGUUUCCUCAUCAAAAACAUACCUGGAGCUGUGUUUUGUUUUAUUCGCAAUGUUUAAUACACAAACCCUGCAUAUUUUGGCUGUGUUUUUCCCUCAAACUGAAAACACUGUUCUACCUUAUUGUAAUACAGGAAGUGCUUCACUAUGUUUUUUAAACUCCAUACACCUCCACUGGAAUCAUUUGGGAAAUUUCGGCCUUGGAAUUGCCAAUCUCUACUGAACAAAGGAACAAACUUAGUUGUUGAAAACCAGAUGUAGACAGACUAAAACACAACACACAACUCCGAGUAUGUGUUUGAGAAGGUAAGAACAUUAUAACAUGGCUUAAAGCUCACAAGAGUCAAUUUUGUGUAAUAUAGGACCUUUUUUUUUUCUUUUGCACAGUACUUUAUAUUCCUCUAUGAAAACUUAGUGUUGUUUUUGCUACAUUUCAAUACGUUUUGCAGUGGGCACUUAGAUAGACGAUGGAUGCCUUUAUCUCCGCUUCAAUCAAAAUGGUGCUCUGUGAGAGAAAGAGUUGAGGGGCCAGGUUUUACAAAAUGUGUGUUUAGUAACUGAGAUACUGACACUGUAAAUGCACUUUAGAAGGUAAUCCUAGCUGUUUUUCUUUUCAUGAAUUUGACUAUAUUUGGCCCUAUGUCAUCAUCAGGUUAUGUAAAAUGGGUUAUGCUGGGUAUUUUAGUAUUACCUUCCCAACAGUGAAUUUGGUAAGCAUUCACACAACCUUAUCCAUUUCAGUUACUUCAGUCUUAAUUACAUAUAUGAAAUGCUCGUUGCACAUUCUAUAUAUGUAAUUGAUAUUUAAAUAACUUAUUUUGUGUUUUUGCUUUUUUGUUUUUCAUAUUGACUGUAAUUAGCUGUACUAUAUGAAUAGCAAUACCUUUCUGCAUAAUGCAUAUUGCUUUAGCCAGUAAGGAACUCUACACUAUGUAUUGUAAAAUAUAUGUACAAAUGAGUAUUUUAUUUGGUUUUUCAUCUACCUAAUGAUUGUCCAUACAGAUUUGCUUGUGUAUUGAAAACCAACAAAAAUGUCAUGUCCAUAACUAUUUGUCAUUCUAAAAUAUAAUAAAAUGUUUCUUGCCAUAA